UAAAAGGGCGUACAGUUUCCAGGCUUGCCAUAUCACAAUGCGCUUCUUGAUCGCCUUAAGCUUCGUGGUGCUCGGGUGCUUCUACCUGGCGGAGGCAACUACCGCCACGACUUCGACCACAUCCGCCACUACCACGACCACCACCACAGCGUCGUCAAGUGACACAACGACUACAGUCUCUUCCAGCGACACCACUACCACCUCACCUUCCUCAUCGUCCUCCUCGUCGUCCUCGGAUGCAGAGGCCAGAAGGCGGAGGCGCGCUCGCCGGCGUCGUCUGGCUCGUCAGCGGCAGCGCCGUGAGCGCAGGAGGCAACGCAGAACUGAGAAACUCCGUGUGCAACUGGAGACUCAGAGGCGCCUGAUCAACCAGCUGCGUGGUUAAAGACACGCCCAUUUCUGAGGCGUAUCUGAAAAAAAAUUAAAAAGCUUAAUAAAUAAAAAACCAAAAAAACCGUUGUCAUGAGA